AAUGGGCGUUUGUCAGUGAAACUCCCGGUCAUCAACAAAUGCAUUUAUUUGUGUUUCUGCACUGACUGUAGUAAAGGAAUGUCGAGGGAGCAGAAAGUGAAACGAGCCGAGUGAUCUAAAAAGUUUAAAGAAGUAAAAGUAGGUUUAUUUUCGUUUUCGCCCAAGUCGGGUUCGCGUCGCUCACAAUGGGGUGUUGCAGCAGCACCGAGAGUAAACGUGAGUGGAAACCGCUGGAGCAGCACAGCUGCACGGACAUCCCAUGGCUCAUCAUAUUUACACUCUUCUGUAUCGGGAUGGCUUGUAUUUGUGGCUUUUCCAUCGCCACUGGAGGCGCCUACCGGCUUAUUUUAGGAUAUGACAGUUAUGGCAACACCUGUGGUCGGAAUAACACCAAGAUUGAGGGGGUCCCCCUCAGUGGCCGGGACAUGACAGAUAAGAAAUAUGUUUUCUUUCUGGACCCUUGCAACCUUGAUUUAAUAAACAGGAAGAUCAAGUCCAUUGCCCUGUGUGUAUCCAAAUGUCCAACUACUGAACUGAAUACAUACAGCGAUCUGCAGCAGUUUGCUAAGAAUAAUGGCUCCUAUCUCUGCUCCUACGACAUUUAUGCAACAAGUUACUCGAGCCAUCGAGAGAGAUCCACUAAAUGUCCAAAACUCCCCGUUCCACCAAGCAAGGCGGUCCCAGUGUUCCACCGCUGUAUUCCUACGGACAUUAGCUGCUACGCUGAAUUCGCCCAGGCUUUUAUCACCUUCGUCAGUGACAACACUGUGUUGCGGCGAGUCGUCGCCGGACUCAUGGCCAGCAAGGAGAUCAUCAUGGGCCUUUGUGUCUUGUCCUUAGUUCUCUCCUUGAUCAUGAUGAUUGUCAUUCGUUACAUCUCCAAAGUAUUGGUUUGGAUUCUAACAAUUCUGGUGAUCAUCGGGUCUAUAGGUGGGACAGGCGUCCUGUGGUGGCUGUAUGCAGACCACAGAGUCGCCCUCGACAGUAACACCACGUCCGUGUUUGGAAAGGAGGUGGCCUCAGACAACGUUAAGGCCUUGCUUGUGUAUUCAAUUGGUGCUACAAUUUUUACGGUGAUUCUCCUGCUGGUGAUGUUCUUCUUGAGGAAGCGCGUGGCUCUCACCAUCUCCCUGUUCCAUGUGGCGGGUAAAGUGUUCAUCCAUCUUCCCCUGUUGGCCCUGCAGCCUUUCUGGACUUUCCUGUGCCUCAUGCUCUUCUGGGUUUACUGGAUCGCUGUGCUUCUCUUCCUCGGGACUACAGGGACGGCGGUAAAGAACAACUCCACCGGUGUGGUUGAAUAUAAUAUACAGGGGCCUCUUCAGUACAUGGUGUGGUAUCACGCCGUGGGUCUUAUCUGGGUCAGUGAGUUCAUCCUUGCCUUCCAGCAGAUGACCAUCGCUGGAGCCGUGGUCACCUACUACUUCACAAGGAAUAAGUCUGAGAUGCCAGCUGUACCCAUCAUUGAUUCCACGCUACGUACCUUCCGCUACCAUCUGGGUACUCUGGCCAAAGGAUCCUUCAUCAUCACGCUGGUUAAGAUCCCUCGUCUCAUCCUUACAUACGUCCACAGCCAACUGAAAGGAAAGGAAAACGCCUGCGCUCGUUGCAUGUUGAAAACCUGCGUCUGCUGUUUGUGGUGUCUGGAGAAGUGUUUGAAAUACUUGAAUCAAAACGCUUACACUGCUACAGCCAUCAACAGCACCAACUUCUGCACGUCGGCCCGCGACGCUUUCGUGAUCCUGGUGGAGAACGCUCUCCGAGUGGCUACCAUCAACACUGUGGGCGACUUCGUCCUUUUCCUGGGAAAGGUUCUUAUAGUCUCCUGUACGGCCUUUGUUGGCGUUCUGGCUCUGAACUACCAGAGGGACUACACCGUGUGGGUGCUGCCCCUGCUCAUCGCAUGUAUUUUUGCCUUCCUGGUUGCCCAUUGCUUCCUCUCUGUGUUUGAGAACGUGGUGGACGUCCUCUUCCUCUGCUUCGCUGUGGACACUAAGUAUAAUGACGGCAGCCCUGGACGUGCAUACUACAUGGAUAAGUCCUUAAUGGAGUUUGUUGAGAACAGCAAGAAAUCGGGUUUAUACAAGUCAGAUGGCGGAGAUGGAACGGAGAUGAAGCCCAUGGCACGUGGAGGGACCCUAGCAUGAACAAGUAUCAAAAAGACCAUCAAAAUUACUAAACUCAUAAAUUAAGAUUUAACUUUAUCUACUACCAGCAUCACACUCCAGGGACGUCAGAAAGACGUCUAUGCACUGUUACAAGUCUUCAGCAAAACACAUUUUACUUUUAAUUUUAGAAAAAGGAGGAUUUGUAAAUUUUAACUUUGACACUAAGAGGUGUAAUAUGGCAGUAGGUCCUUUGAGUUUGUCUUUUGUAAUAAGCAUUUGUAAUAAGAAUUUUCCCCUUUUAUUACAUUUAAAUAAUAUGAUAGUUUACUGUGGUUUAACAUGUUUGUCUUGUUUUCAUUUUUAUUUUUUACACACCAAGUGACAUAGAAAUAGAUUUUUUUGACAUAAGUAAGUUGAAGCUCGAAUGGUUUGGUGCUUUAAGCUGUUUUGAAGCUGAUUGCUAAUCAUGUUUUGUGAAAAUACUGUUCAAGUUGUUCAUGACUUAUUAAAUUUUAUAUGUUAAGAACA